UACUGUCCUGUAAAACGUUAAUUGUACUUCUCACUCUUCACCUCUGUACCUGUUCGUAACCCAACCCAACCCAACCCUGUUUCACCUUUUCUGAGUGAAGCGAGUGUACACCACGCGCCACCGCACUAUCAUCUAAUUCACCCCGAUCAGGCUUUUGCAAUUUUGAUCGGAGUCGCGGGGUGAAUUAACAACAUUUUGUUAUCGGUACUGGUGAAAUGGCUGGUACUUCAAGUGGAAGAGAAGGAAAAAAUGUUGUUUUCCCAAAAACUGAGGACUUUGAUUAUGGAAUUUCACCUUAUACUACUCUUUCAAGGGGUUUUGGGGAAACUGCUGCAAGUUCAUCCGGAAGCAAAGUACGGGCGUUCUUUAUUGGGAUGGGAUUCCUGCCGGGUCUUGUUGAUAAAGUGAUAGAAGAGAAUGGUGAAGAAAAUUCCGACGCGUUAUUAGAAAUUCUCUUGAGAUCUUCGACAAAUGGUGACUCAUCAGAUUCUUUGGAAGGCUCUCUUAAUACAAACCAGCAUAGAAGUAUCCCAAAUUUCUUUCCCAAUGCUCACUCAAACGAGGCUAUUCAAAUAUCAAAUUCACAAUCUUCUGAUUCUCUCGAUAGUUUGUUUGAUGAUAAGGAUCCUCCCGAAGUUUCCACGGUCAAUCAACCAAAAGAGGAGCCUGACGAGCUUAGUGACGAUAUUGAAGACAAAAGUGGUACCUUAUUGAUGAUGAAUUUCUCUGUGGAGGAAGUUGAAUUUGCAAUCCGUAAACUUGGCAAUAAAGCAUCAAUUCCUGAGCUGGUGGACUUCAUCUUUGCUGCCCAGAUUGCUAAAGUAAUGAAAAAGGAGGAAGCAGAAGAAGAUGAUAUCACCUGUUAUGUUCGAGAAAAGGAGAUUAGCCAUGAAGAACUCUACGGAAUUAUGGCAAAAACGCUUCAGUUGUUUGAAAUGGGCUUCUCUGAGAAUGAAAUAUCCUCAGCAGUUGAUAAAUUAGGUCCAGAUGUUCCAAUUUCAGAGCUUGCAAACUUUAUUUUUGCAGAACAAAAUGGGACUGAAUAUGUGAUGGAAUAUAAGUAUCCCUCUGGUCCUGCUUAUUCUUGGAUCAAAGAAGAACAGGAAACCGAUUUGUAUGGUACAUCAGAAGUGAAAGUUGAGGAUUUCAGUCAUGAGCCUUCACAGUCAAGGCAGGUGAACUUUGAGGGAACUAGCACUGGCAAAAGGGUGAACUUCGAGGGCAUUAGCAACGGCAAAAGGGUGAACUUUGAAGGAACUAGCACUGGCAAAAGGGUGAACUUUGAGGGAACUAGCACUGGCGAAAGGGUGAAGGAAGAAGAUUACAUUGAUGAAUUUACCGAUGACGUGAAAUAUUCUGACAUAAUGGAAAAUGACAGAAAUAAGAGGCCAAAAUAUGAACAUGAUGAUAUUUCAAACGGUAGUCUUGAUCCUUAUUGGGUGGAAGAAAAGGUGGAUACAAUUGUUGCCACAAUGUCGAGACGUAACAGAUCAAAUCCAUCCAGGAGUCUAAGCAGUGUGGCAGCAAAGCCUCCAUUUUUCUUAUUUGGAAAUGUUUCGAACAUAACAUACGAGUCAUGGAAAAAAAUGAGUCAGUUUCUGUAUUGUAUUGAACCUGAAUUUGUGAACACCGAGUUCUUUUCGGCCUUGAAUAGAAUAGAAGGUUACAUUCACAAUCUUCCAACAGAAAACAGGUUCCACAUUCUUCCUAAGCCGCCUAUGACUAUCGAGGAAGCAGUACCGCGGGCAAAGAAAUGGUGGCCUCCUUGGGAUUCAAGGAAGCAGCUGAACUGUAAUUAUUAUGAAACUCGUGGAAUAACUCAACUUUGUGAUAGACUAGGAAGGGAUCUUGCUGACGCUGGGGGAGUACUCACAUCUCAACAGCAGAGAGACAUUCUUCGGUAUUGUCGCGGUUUGAAUCUUGUGUGGACUGGUAAACACAAACUUGGUCCAAUAGAGCCUGAACACAUGGAGCGUAUCUUAGGCUAUCCUUUGAAUCACACUCAAUCUGCUGAAUGUGAUUUGACAGAAAGACUUAAACUGCUAAGAUGCUGUUUCCAGACAGAUACAUUAGGAUAUCAUCUUUCGGUAUUGAAGCCCAUUUUUCCGAAUGGACUGACACUGUUGUCGAUUUUUAGUGGUAUCGGCGGGGCUGAAGUUUCCCUUCACCGCCUUGGUAUUAAAAUAAAAGCUCUUGUAUCAGUUGAGACUUCUCCAACUAAGAGGAAGAUUCUCGAGAAGUGGUGGCGCAGUUCUGGACAAACCGGGACUUUGGUUCAGAUCGAAGAUAUCCAAAAGCUGGCCAGUAAAAAGUUUGAGAAUCUAAUCAGUAAACUCGGUGUUUUUGACUUGGUCAUUUAUCAGAACCCGUGCUCUCAGCCAAUUGCCAGGCCUCAGGAAGUUGGAAGUAUGUCAGCUUUAGAGUUUUCAAUAUUUUGCGAGUCUGUUCGUGUUUUACAACGCGUACGAGGUCUGUGUGAAAGGAUGUGAGUCGAUGUUUUCGUAACUUGUUGUGUAGUAAAAUCAAAUUGGUCGUUGUUUUUGGUUGCAUGGCACCUUGUUUUUUAGAUUUCCUGACAAGGUGGUUGUUGUAAAAUAUGUGACUUUUUCAGUGCAGGGAAUUUGUAGACU